GCAUUUUUACAGAGAGGGAUCUCCGGCGAGAGGACGCUGCAUGCUUUAGAUGUGAAGCCGUCUUUUGUUGCUCCGGCCCGGGCUCUCGUUCCCGCAAAUGAGCUCUGCUUGCAUUUUCUAUAGCACUCAAAAAAUGGGUGCCGCCAUGCAGGCUAGGGCUUUACCCUGCAAAUCCAGACGAGCACACACUAGCCAUUGUGUGUAUGUGCAUGUGUGUGUCGGCGGCGGCGGCGGCGGAGGAGGAGGGGGGGGGAUAUCUCUUCGUCGCCCCGGCGUGCAGACAUGCUGCGAGUCUCAUGCGCAGGCCCGAUUGUUGGCUACAACAACUACAGCAAACGGGCCUCUAAACAUGGUCGUGGAGGCAGGGGAGCGCCGGGUUCAGUAGUAUUUUGCAGGUCUGAAAAGCUACGCAAACAUGAGCGACAAGGGGACAGUCUCACCGAAAGAGAAGGAAGCCACAGAGAAGAGAGGGCGUGGAAGACCCCGUAAGCAGCCGCAGGUAAAAACCUCUGACGAACCAAGUGGGUCCCCUACUCCAAAGAGGCCCAGAGGACGGCCGAAGGGCAGCAAAAACAAGACAACCGGCAAGGGCAAAAAGGCAACGGCAGCCCCAUCUGCAGGGGGAAAACGCAGGGGAAGACCUAAGAAGGAGGAAAAGGAAGAAAAAGCAUCCCAGGAAUCAUCUGAGGAGGAAGAGGAAGAGGACCAGUAAUUCACAACGCAUGCUACCUCACUCAACAUACUGACUUACUGUUAACCAGAACUGGGCUGUAUCUCCAACGCCAGUGCCACCACAUGACCACUGUUCACGACAAAGCCCCCUUUUGCCAAAGGAGGGUUAACACAGUACAUAUAUCAUGCAACAGCACUGGAUAGAACGAUGGACUUGCUCAAGCAUAGAUCUAAGAAUUACAUGAAAGGUAACAGCCCGUUUCUCUACAUGUCAUGUUAUUACAAGUCUUUUAUACUGGACAAAAAGGUGUUCUCCAAGGAGCCUGGACAUUUCCUCCUUUUCUUUUUUCUUUUUUUUUCCUCCCCCCUAAAGAUGGUUUGUAGAAUGUUUUCUCUGCUUAAUGUUACUUAUUUGUUGUACCCGCAUCUGAGAUGGUAGGGCAUAUAGAUUUUUCUCCAUGUUUUGUACUGGACAAAGGUGAAUUUUACCUAUACUUGCUUUUUUUUUCUUUUUUUUUUUUUCCCAAAGUUUUGUUUUGAGUGUUUGUGUGAAGUGGUUAACCUAUCCUUUGCGUUGUAUUCUAGAUGGAGUUGAGCUUCAGCAUUUAGGAUGAGAAUAGGUAACUGAUGGUAGAAGUAUCUUUUCCUAAUCUGCAUAACUGACUUCACCCACCCGAUUAGAGGAGAACCAUCUUUAGCCCUCUUCCUGUAGGACAGUUUAGAUUUUAGUGAUGCUUCUCAGACUUCCUUCUCAGUUCUCUGCAUAUAGUGGGGAGAUGUAAAAGUGUAUCAUUAGUCAUCAGAAUCGAUCUGACUUACUGUUUUUUUUUUUGUUUGGUUUUUUUUGUUCCUUCGGGUUACAUACAUUUUAAAACACGUGUGCUGCUUCUCAUGUUAUAAUAAAACUCUUUCGUAUGUGUUUUUUAAGGUUGGCAGAGUUCUAGGCUUAAAGUCAUCAGUGUCGUUUCUUCAGGGAGCUUUUACAAAUGCUGUUACAUUGGCAUCUUUGUCCUCACAUGGUCCUCAGUUUUCCAAGCCCUCACUCAAUCACUCGUAAGGCAAACUGCAAUUGGUCAGACAAGGAGUUUGAUUGUAACACAGGAUAGUUGGUGGCACUACUAUCCGACAGGGCUGUAUAUUUUUUUUUUUUUUUUUUUUUUUUUUUUUUUUUUUUCCCCCCCCUCCUCAUUCCAUCUAGCCUCUCACUGCUUCGCCUAGCUUGGUCCUCCUGUCAUCACUUAGUACGGUAAUAAUAAAAAAACUUUUUCCUUA